GAGAGAGAGAGAGUGUAACACAGCAACAGCAUCAUUUGCUUGCUCGUCAUCAUCAUCGUUGCCAUCAUUAUGGGCAUCGGCAUUGUCGUAAUGAUGCUGUCGUCGGCCACUGUUUUAUUGUUAGGGUGGUAGUUUUGUUGUUGAUGGCUGGCUAGCUGCCUGCCUGGCUGGCUGUUGUUUUGUUCUUCUGUUGCCAGUGGUGCUCUUGCCGAUGAUAUUUCUUCUUGUUCAUCGUCUUUGUUUUCGUUUGCCUGUGACUGUGAUGUAAAAGAGCACUCACUCACUGGCUCGCUCACUCAUUCAAUGGCAGUGAAGCAGUUUUUGGCUAAAAUUCUUGGCCUAACAUCAGCAGCAUCAGCAUUCAGUUUGUUGGCAAAUUUCGAACGUGGCAGACGCCUUUUUUGAAAGUGCGCGCGCUCUCUUCUUUUUUAGUUUUUUGUUUAAAAAAAAAAUAUAUAAAGAAAACAUAAUUUUGAAAAACAUUUUGUUUUGGGUUUUCAAGUGUAAACAAAACGCGAAAAAGCCAUAACCUAACAAAAGCAACUAAAAACUAAUCAAAUGUGACCAUAAACUGACAUUAGAGCAAAGUGAUGUGAAUUGAGCGCAAACAUCCACCACCAACAUUUUGAUUUAAUUUUGUAUUUUUCUAUGCCCCCCCUUGAUUUGUGUUUAUGUGUGUGUCAAUUUGUUUUGGGGCAUCUUCAAAUCGUCAAAGCAAAUUCCUUUCCAAUUUCUUGGUUUACUGUUAACAACAUUUUCUUGUUGGCCAUUGACUCUCUCUGGCUCUCUGCCUAUGGCCGAAUAGCAGCAAAAUUAUUUAUAACAAGCAAAGAUAUAUUUUUAAACCAUUUAAUUGGCGAAAAUAAAUUGUGACACAUUUCUUCAUAUGUUUUGUGCAAAUGCGGGAGACCGACCACCAGCCAUAAUCAAACAAACCCAGCAACAGUGGCAAUAGUAGCAGCAACAGCAGCAGCAUCAUAAUCAGCAACACCUCAUUGGCAUUCAGUAACGAAAACAAAAAAAUAUUAUUUCAAAAAUCAAACAAGUGCGAAUGAAGGGCCAUUGAAAAGGCGCUCAAAUUGUGCAUUAAAAAAGCAAAACAAAAAGUUUUUGAAAAAACAGUUUUUAAAAAACUUCAUUUGAAAACAUUUUUUUAACUCACAAAUAAGGCCGUGAAAACUUAAGAUUUUUAUUCACUACAAAGAAUUUAACUAAAAUCAAGUAAAAGUGAAAUUAAAUGGUUUUAACAGAAAAUUAACAUAACAAAUAAAUAUAAAGUAAAUAAAAUCCAAAAAUAUAUAUACAUAUAUAUUUUAUCAAAUUUUAAGUCUAUUGUUAUUAUCAAGAUAUACAACAUAAAUUUCUUAUAUAAAAAGUAUAUAUAAUCAGAAAAAUAAAAAUAUUUUUUAAAUUAAUGUUAUGCAAAAAAUAAAUUAAACAAAAAUCAAGGCUCCAAAUGAACAAAAAAAAGCAACAAUUAAAAAAAUAUAUCAAUAACUGUUACUGCUUAUACAAAUAUAACAACAAUAAGAAGAAAUAAAUAUACAUAUAUUACAACAAAGGCAACAAAAAAUAUAUUUUAAAAACAAUUUUUAAAAAUAAAAUAAAAUAAGACAUUGUGUAUGUUUAAUCCCUUAAAAAUAAUCCCCAGAGUAUUUUAAAUAUAUCAUACCAAAAAAGGAAGAAUUGUUUUAAUUGUUAUCUGUGUGGUGAGAAAGCCGCCAAAUAAACCAAAUCCAAUUAUCGAACAGUUGAACAACAAUAUGUUAUAUUGAAUGUAGAAAAUUGAAAAACUAAAUAAAAAUCUACAUAAUUUGCAACUAAAGUGCUUCGAAACAGAACUACAAACUAAUCAGCAACAAGCAAAGACAACAACAAAGAAAACAACAGCACACCAAUGUUAUAUGCUUUCUAUUGAUAAUAAUAAAUGAAAUAAAAUAAUUAAAAAAGAAAAAAAAAUACCACUCAAACAGAUAAUAAAUAAUUUUGAGGGUUAAAUAGCGUUAAAUUACACAACAACAGCAGCAGCAGCAGCAGCGGCAUCAAUCCUAUUUGAACAGCAUCAAAAAUUCACACACAAAAGACCCAGCAGCAACUACAACUGCAAACAGCACACAUAUACCACUAAAAAAAAAACAAAUAUCAACGAAAACACAUCCAGGCUGGUAUUGAUAUGCCGCAACAAACUUGAAACACACAGCAAUACAAGGUACCGUAAACACACAAACGAGAGAGAGAGAGAGAGAGAGAGAGAGUGUGGUGCAAACCGCUAGAUAAACGAAGCUUCCAUUUGAAACAACUACAAAUAUUGACUUAUUGGAGAAUAAAUAGUUACUAUUUUCAUGCAGAUAUAUAAGAGAAUUUAAAAUCAACAGCAUCCGAAACCGAAACAGAAACAAAGUACAGAACCUCCGUGGACCGUAAAAACAAUACAAAUAGAAAGAGUUAAAGUUAUUUUUGUGGUUCUUAUUUUUAAAAAUAAAACACAACGCAACAUAAGGUAUAGGAAAAGCUUAACAUAGAAUAAAUAUUUUAUAAAAAUAGUAGAAAGAAGAAAUCUUAAGGAUUAGAGCAAUCAAUAUCCCCUCUCAGCUGGUCAUUUGUCGUCCUCCCACAUAAAUGUUACACUAUCAGCACAACACCGAUUAUCCACAGUUAUUGCCACAACAACAAAAAUCUCCGCCGCAGCCGCCACCUCAACAACAGCAGCAGCAGCCGCCGCCGCCGUUGCAGCAACAGAAAAAUCCAACAGCUGUCCUUAGAGUCUACUAUCGACGUUUAAAUCCCAAAGACGACUCCGAAUCUGGAGCCACCACCCCGCCCGAGACAAUAUCCGCCAAUAUGAAAACACUGGCGCCUAACAUACGACGGCGACGCCGUUGUGAUCGCCAUCACUUGGAAUUAUAUCAUGGCACUGAGCACAAGCAUGGCACCAGCUCCUCGCCCACCACAGAAAUACCGCCAAAAUCCAAGUCGGCCUCAACAUCGCCCAUUAGUGAUUUUGGCAUACCCGCACCACCCAUAACACCGCCACCGGCAUUUUUGCCCGAAGGCUAUCGACGCUCGAACACACCCAGCAAGAGUGCAGCAGUUAAAAGGUCACUAGGUAAGUCUUCUUACUAGGAGGCCAAUAAUACACAUGUGUAUCUAUAUUUAAUGUAUUUUGUAAGUAUAGAAUCUCUGAAAUUCUAAUUUAUCAUUUGCAAAUAGCAUUCUAGGGAAUUGUAGGCUUCCUAGACAUCAUUUCCCAAUUCGUGUUAAUCUAAACUAAGAUUAAGCCAUUAACCAUAAACAAAGAUAUCCUUCCUAAAUUCGUUAACAUUUAUUAUAUUCCAAACUCAUUCGUUAUUGCGUUUUCUAUCAUGAACUUUGCGUUUCCGACAGCAGAACUUUUGAUGAAUUUCGUGUAAUUAACGCACAUGUCACUGAAGAAAUUAAUUACUCGGGGUUUUCAUUAACCCAAAGGCUUAAAGGUCGAACCAAAACAAGGCAAGUCGUAUGAAUUCCCCAAUGUGGCUGCAAAUGAUGAUAUAUUUUCAUUCAUUUUGUUUGCUACGGAAGUAG